CGCUGAACUGCAGGAGGAAUUACAGGAAUGAAAAUGUUUGUGCAGGCAGAAGCCAAGCUGGCUGUGCAAGCAGGGGAUGUGAGCGCGGGAGCCUGCGAGCGUGGGUGCGGCUGUAUUUAUAGCGACGGUGGCGGCAGGGGUGGCAGCAGGGCCGACAUGGAGCAGGGGCAGCGCAGCCUGGACACGGAGCAGAUGCAGCAGCAGCAGCUGAAACUACGGGAACGGCAGAAGUUCUUUGAGGAGGUUUUCCAGCAUGACGUAGAUUUCUUCUUCCCUGUGUCUCACCUGCAGAUAGAGCAUCGGAGACCCCCCUUAGGCAGCAUUUCCUCCAUGGAGGUGAACGUGGACAUGCUGGAGCAGAUGGACAUGAUGGACCUGUCAGACCAGGACACCGUGGACGUGUUUCUGGGCUGUGGGACAGAGGAGAGCAGCGGUUCUGGGCCCCUGCCAGGGGCAGACGCCAGCCAGUGCCCAGAGGAAAUCACCCUACCAGUGCCCAGCACAGCCGAGACCAAGUCACGCAUUUCCUCCACGUCGUCUGUCUCCACGGAUCCCAACAGCUUGGACACCAGUGAGGAGGGGGCCGAGACCCCCGUGGUGCAGUCGGAUGAGGAGGACCUGCAGGAGGACAGUCCUAAAGAGCAGGCGGCCAGAAGCUAGCAGCCAGCUCUGCCCUGCUCCCAGCCUCCUCUGUACGGACCUGCCAGCCUGGAGGAAGGAAGGCUGCUGGCACUCUAAACCCCGUCCUGGACUGCUGCCCUGCAGGAAAGGGGAGAUGUUUCUCCCCCUCUCCCUCUACAGGUUCUCCUGGCAGCCAAGGGAGAAGGAAAGGGGUGUUGUUAGGCUCCCAAAAUUAACUCUUCAGGCUUUGCUGCUAACACUCCCUGCUUCAUUCCCCCCCCGAAUGCUCAGCAUCCCACAGUGCCACACCGUUCCCAGGAAGCCAUCCCUUGGGUUCCCAGCGCCCCCAGUCCCACUGACAAGGAUCCUUUCCGGACAAGCAUUUAACAGCAGCAGACACAAAAAUAACACUCCUGUCUAACCCA